AUGAAUGCGACGCGCUUUCUUCCCUUUCUGUAUUUUGCAACACUUCUUACUGCAGUGAUUUCUGUUCGCACAUUCUCGUCGUCGGACCCGUGCCACCCUACAAAUCGGCGGGACCCGCGAACACUUCGAUGGGACCAGAUCACGGUGCUCAUCAACGGAUACUCAGAGUUUCGCAUUCCUCUUCUUCAAUCAAUAGCCGCCGCGUACUCGGCAUCGCCGCUGGUGUCCUCCGUGCUAGUACUCUGGGGAAAUCCCUCCACCCCAGCUCAAACACUCUCCCAAUUGGCCCACAAGCUCUCGCUCUCCUCCCGGGGUGCCGCCUCAAUCUCCCUGCACUACCAGCCAUCCGAUAGCCUCAACACACGGUUCCUGCCCAGAUCAUCAAUCGGUACCCACGCCGUCUUAAUUUGCGACGAUGACGUGGAGAUGGAUCAUAAAUCAUUCGAAUUCGCCUUCAGAGUAUGGCAAUCCAACAGUGAGCGUCUGAUAGGGGUGUUCGUGAGGUCACAUGAUAUUGAUUUGUUCAGAAAAGAGUGGAUUUACACUGUGCAUCCAGAUAAGUACUCCAUUGUUCUAACCAAGCUCAUGAUUUUGAAGAGCAGCUAUCUGUUUAAUUACAGUUGUGGAGGUGGAGAAAAAAUGACUGAGAUGCAACAUAUAGUUGACAAAAUGCAUAACUGCGAGGACAUACUGAUGAAUUUCGUGGUGGCCGAUGAAACAAAUACGGGGCCGAUAAUGGUGGGGGCAGAGAGAGUAAGAGAUUGGGGAGAUCCAAGAAACGAUGGGCAUGGAGAAGAUAGUGGGCGGAAAUUGAGGAGCAGGAUAAGUGCAGUGGGAUUGAGUAGUAGGGGAAUGGAACAUAGAAAGAGGAGAGGGCAGUGUAUAAGGGAGUUUCAUAGGGUGUUGGGGAGAAUGCCUCUCAAGUAUAGUUAUGGGAAAGUUGUUAAUGCAGUUGGUGAACAAGGCUUGUGCAAGAAAGGAGGCAAGCUGGUGUUCUGUGAUCAAGUUUAGCAAUAGCAGGGAUUCACAGAUUGAAAAUUUCUCAACUAUCAAUAUUUUCAUUGUUCUGCAAGAGCUAUGAACAUCCAAGUGGAUAUAUGUUGAGCUCUAAUAGCUUAUAUUAAUAGCUAAGCUGAAGAACAGGCAUAAUUCAGAGGAUACAGAUUCAGAAUCAAAAUUAUCGCUCAGGGAGAUGAUCUGCAGGGGUCCAAAGAAUCCCUUCUGUAAUUUGUAAUAGAUUCAAAACAAAUUAGUUUGUGAUUGUAAGAUAUGGAUUCAUUUUCAUAUGAUUAAGUUUGUAUAUGUUGCAUUAUUUAUGUCCAAUGGUGCAAUAAUCCUGGAUAUAGUUACACUACCAGAACAUCCCGAUCAUUUCAUUAA